AUGACGUCUCUUGCGCCCACAAAGCCGGCAAUCGUGCCCGCACCGGUGCAGCAAGCUUUCGCUGCAGUCGAUGCUGCCGGCGCACACCUGCCGCAAUUGCAAUCGCUCGCGAUACAGGUCCAGCACAACCUCCAGUACCAGCACCACUGGACCGACCUGCACGUGCACACUCAUUCAUCGCUCUCGAACAAGCCACUGGCCCGCCCAUUGGUCUCUGGCCUCCCCCCGCAGCGCAUCUACAUACACCCCGAUGAGCAAGUCGAACUGCUGAAAGAAGCCGAUCGCAAGAGAAAAGCGAACAAAUCGGCAGGAGAGACCAGCGGAUUGCAGGUCAAGGCAGAACCCGAGCGCGAAUGGAUACUGCCUACCAGGCUGAACGAAAAGUGGACGUUGCGUAGAUUGGCCGAGGUUUUUGAUGCAAUUCCUUCAGUGCCGCCUCCCCCACCAGAUGCUGCUUCUGAGUCUGCGGCCCCGCAAAAUCCGUGGAGGACUACAAAGAGGGUGUUGUUGGGCACGGCAGAUUCGGACAGCACUGUUGUCUACUACAUCGUCCAUGACGGGGUCGUGAAGCCUCGUCAAAACUGA